GUCUCUGAGACCAAAAUCAUCACAGGUCAAUGGAAACCACUCCGCCAACUGCUCCAACUGCCCAUGGCAAAGACAUACCACAUAAAUCUUCAGCAUACUCAGCAUCCUUUCUCACUGUCCGAGGUCGACGAGCACUAACCCUCGGAGUUCCCCGGAGUGGUCUGUUUAGAGCAGGGAUCUAUCGGUCAAGUCGCAACUUCUGGGUUGCCCACCUAGAACGAGGCUCACCGGCCGCAUUUGACAUCUUUAUACCAAUCUGCAUAAAGCGUCGGCGAAUUGCGAUACAACAAUGGCGGAGAAGGCCUUGGAGGUUUACACAAAGGGGAGCGAGGCAUGGUUCCCCGACGAGAAAGAAGGAUGGGUCAUGGGAAAGCUCACAACCAGGGUUAUCGCCGAUGACGCUGUCAAACUCGGUUUCCACAUAGAUUCCUUGGGAAAGGACGUGAUAGUUGAGACGACAAAAACGAAGCUCAACGACACCAAAGCCGCAGACCUUCCGCCAUUACAGAACCCUCCUGCUUUAGACGGCAUUGACGACUUGGCUUUCCUAUCAUAUCUUCACGAACCCGCUGUUCUGCAUAACAUCCGAUUACGUUACCUCCAGCAAAACAUCUACACAUACUCCGGGAUAGUUUUGAUUGCUAUGAAUCCUUUCGCAAAGGUUCCACUUUAUGGCCAGGACGUCAUGAGGGAGUACUCUGGGAAGCGAAGGGAGGAAUUAGAACCACACUUGUUUGCUGUUGCGGAAGAGGCGUACAGGAGCAUGAUUCAGGAUAAAAAAAAUCAGUCCAUCAUCGUCAGUGGAGAGUCAGGUGCUGGAAAAACACAGAGCGCAAGAUACAUCAUGCGUUACUUUGCUACGGUGGAAAGCGCAGGGGCAAGUUCUGGCGAAAGUGAAGUGGAGCGGUCUGUGCUGGCUACGAAUCCCAUUAUGGAGGCAUUCGGAAACUCGAAAACCACACGUAACGACAACUCGUCUCGUUUCGGAAAAUACAUGGAGAUUCUGUUCUCGACCCCUACAGAGAAGAACCCAUCGGUUCGGAUUACCGGAGCCAAGAUCCGAACGUACUUGUUGGAGCGGUCUAGGUUGAUUUUCCAGCCUGCCACAGAGAGGAACUACCACAUUUUCUAUCAACUCUGCGCGGGUGCUCCUGCUGCUGAGCGGAAAGAUCUCGGUCUGGGAUCUUGGGAAUCUUUCUUCUACCUGAAUCAGGGUGGAAUGGGGACUAUUCCUGGCGUAGAUGAUGCGGCGGAGUUCGUGGAGACGUCGAAGGCUUUGUCGGAUGUUGGAAUCUCUCUGCAAACGCAAUGGGCGAUUUUCAAGAUCUGUGCAGCAUUGCUUCACAUGGGAAAUAUUAAAAUUGAGGCCAAACGUGACGAAUCGCAUAUUGCCGACGACGAUGCCGCCAUGCAGAUGGCGACCUCUCUUCUGGGCGUAGAUGUGAAAGAGUUCAAGAAAUGGAUCACAAAGAAGCAGAUCAUCACCCGUUCCGAAAAGAUCGUCUCCAACGUGAACCAAUACCAAGCGGUCGUGGGCCGUGACUCCGUCGCCAAAUUCAUCUACUCCAUGCUCUUCGACUGGCUCGUCAAGGUCAUCAACGUCAACCUGGCCAAGGAGGGAGUCGAGGACAACCAGCGGUUCAUCGGUGUCCUGGAUAUCUACGGGUUCGAGCACUUCAAGAAGAACAGCUUCGAGCAGUUCUGUAUCAACUACGCCAACGAGAAGCUGCAGCAAGAGUUCAACGCUCAUGUUUUCAAAUUAGAGCAGGAGGAGUACGUUGCGGAGAAGAUCAACUGGUCUUUCAUCGACUUCAACGACAACCAGCCUUGUAUCGACUUGAUUGAGGGCAAGCUCGGCAUCCUCGAUCUUCUUGAUGAAGAGUCGAGGUUGCCGUCAGGCGCUGACCAGUCGCUCAUCACCAAAUUGUAUCAGCGAUUCGCGGUCCCGACGCAGAAGUUCUUCGAGAAGCCGCGGUUUGGACAAAGUGCGUUCACGGUUAAGCAUUAUGCUACGGACGUCGUUUACGACAUUGAUGGAUUCAUCGAGAAGAACAAGGAUACCGUUUCUGACGAGCAGAUGGCGGUGCUGAACUCGUCGGCGUUUGACUUUUUGAAGGAAGUCAUUAAAAUUGAGGAGCCCCCGGUAUCGGAUGUCGCGUCGCCGCCACGUCCUGGACGUGGAGGAGCCUCGUCGAUGAAGAAGCCAACACUCGGAUCCAUAUUCAAAGGUUCCUUGGUCAAGCUGAUGGAAACCAUUCGGCAAACAGAAGUCCACUACAUUCGUUGCAUCAAGCCAAAUAUGGCGAAAACGGCGUUUACGUUCGAGCCCAUCCCCGUACUCCAGCAAUUGCGGGCUUGUGGUGUCUUGGAAACGAUCCGUAUCAGUUGCGCGGGUUAUCCAUCGCGUACAGGCUAUGAGGAUUUCGCGGACCGGUACUACCUCCUAGUACCUUCGAACCAAUGGUCGCCCAACCCGAACCAGCUGACGGAAGCGAUCGUCAAGAAAGUCAUUAAUGACGACGACAAAUACCAGAUGGGUCUGACCAAAGUCUUUUUCCGCGCGGGACAAAUGGCCUUCCUGGAGAAACUGCGUACUGAACGACAACGCGCGUGCGUCAUCAUGAUCCAGAAGAACGUCCGUGCCGCCAUCUACAGGCGGAAGUACCUGCGCAUGCGUGCCGCGGCAAUCACGAUCCAGAAACACACCCGCGGGCAUCUCGCCCGCAAGCAGUACAAGGACAUGCGGGAGACGCGCGCGGCGAUCAAGAUCCAGAAGAACGUGCGGGCGUGGUUGGCACGCAAGCGGUUCAACAGGUUCCGCGAUGCGGCCAUCAAGAUCCAGAGCACGUACCGAAUGGCCCGCGCUCAAUCCGAGGCCAAGGCGCUCAGGAGUCUUCGCGCUGCGAUUAUCAUCCAGAGAGUGUACAGGGGCUACAGCGCGCGCAAAGCAUACAAAGCGUCCAAAGCGCGUAUGGUGCUGAUCCAGAGCUGUUUCCGCCGUCGUAUUGCGAUCAAGGAGAUGAAGGUCCUAAAGGCCGAGGCGCGGUCUGUGGGCAAGCUCAAGGAGACCAACUACAAGCUCGAAGGCAAGGUGGUCGAGCUGUCGCGCACGCUUGCGGAGCGCAACGAGGAAACCGCACGGAACGCGGAAAAGAUCACGCAUUUGGAGGACCAGGUCCGUGUAUGGAAGGAACGGUUCGAAAAGUCCGACGCUGUCAACAAGGGCGCGGCUGCCAAAACCGAGGAAGGAAGCGCAGAGCUCAGGAACGAGCUUGUUGCGGUCAAGGCUGAUAAGGAGAAGGCGGAGAAGGAGCUCGAGAAGCUUGGAGUAAUGAUGAAGCGAAGAGACGAGAAGAUCGAGAAGCUGGAGGAGUCGGCGAAGCUCCUGAAGGAGGAGCUGGCCAAGGCAAAGGCGGAGAAGUCGGUGCCCGUCAUGAAGAAGGAGGACGAAGAGGCCUACAUGGCCUUGAAGAAGGAGGUUGUCGUUAUGAGGGAGCAGAUGGCACGGCUACUUGCUGGCAAGUACCGGGCCGAUCGCGUUGCAGACUCGAUGUUGGCUGCCUCGUUGAGCCCGACCGACGGCCCAGCAACCGCUAGCGGAUCGCAACCGUACCCGUUGGAAAACACAAAGUCGGCCGUCAACAUGCAGAUCGAGAUGGACAUGGCUGCCGCUGCCGCCAAAGCUCGCCCACGGCGGCACAGCUUUGGUGAAGGCGCCCAGUCCCCCGUUCUCGAGCCGCCGCCACCUGCCGCUACGGGUGAGAUGACGCCUCGCAAGACCCGCACCAACAUGAUCAUCGACACCGCUUUCGCAAACGGCGGCAUGAACUCCACCGGCCCGAUGUCUGCUGGCGCCGGCGUGAUGCUGGAAGCCGAACGCUCCGUGCGCAUCUUGGAAGAGAAAGCGCUGGAAGACGAGAUCAUCGACGCGCUGGUAACGAACCUCCGCAUCCCGCUCCCAUCCACCCAGACCGUCGCUACACGCAAAGAGAUCUUCUUCCCCGCCCACCUCAUCGGCUGCACCAUCGUGCAGAUGCUGCGCAACGACCUAGCCACCCGCAUGCUGAGCCUCAUGACCAACGUGAUGAAGGCGAUCCAGAACCUGACCAUGAAGUUCGAGGACGACUACGUCUCCGCCUUCUGGCUGUCUAACUGUUACGAACUCCUCUGCGUUGUGCGGACGACCCGCGAACGUGAGCGCGCGAAGGCACGGACCAGGCCCAGCGGCGAAACCGGGGAAGCGGAACGCGCCCUCGACAAGGUGUUGAACGAUCUCGACUACCUCCUCAUCGAGAUCUACCACGGCUGGAUCAAGGAGUUGAAAAAACGGCUCACCAAUAUGAUCACGCCCGCCGUCAUCGAAAACCAGUCCCUGCCCGGCUACAUCUGCAAGCAGUCCGGCGGGCUGUGGGGCAAAUGGGGCAAAUCGUCCUCGGCGUCGCAGUUCACCAUUGAGCAGUUGCUGAAUUUCUUGUCGAAGUUGAGCAAGACUAUGCGGUGCUAUUAUAUGGAGGACACGAUGACCCGGCAGAUUCUGACGGAGCUGUUGAGGGUUGUUGGUGUGAGCGCGUUCAACCAUCUGCUGAUGAGGAAGAACUUUUGCACGUGGAAGCGGGGGGUGCAGAUUCAGUAUAAUGUUAGCCGGUUGGAGGAGUGGUGUACGAGUCAUGGGAUUGCUGAAGCGACACUACAUCUUCAACAACUCCUCCAAGCCGCCAAACUCCUCACCCUCAACAAGACCUCGCCACAAGACAUCGAGACCAUAUUCGACGUCUGUUUCCUCCUCAACCCCACGCAAAUCAAGAAGCUGCUCUCCCUCUACUACGCCGCCGAUUUCGAUUCACCGUUAUCACCGGAACUCCUCAAAAUCGUCGCCUCAAGAGCCGUCCUGAACGAGAAAUCAGACAUACUACUCCUAGACCUCGAACAGGCGCCCGAUUUCGUCAAGCCGGCGUCGAAACCGGUCGACACGAUCGAGCGGUUCGUACCGACGUGGAUGAGUUUGCCGAAUAUUACGACGGUUGUCUCGAGCGCCAAUUGA